AUGGCCUCGCCCAUGCGCGGCGGCGUCGGGCCGGGCGGCACGCCCAGCAGCGUCAACCGCACGCUCAUGCGGCCGGAAGAGCCGCGCACGUUCACGUUCGACCGCGUCUUUGACGACCGCGCGACGCAGUCCCAGGUCUUCGAAUACGUGCAGCCUCUCGUCGACGCCGCCGUGGAGGGCUACAACGCCACCAUCUUCACCUACGGUCAAACUGGCUCGGGCAAGACACACACCAUGUUCGGCACGGAGGAGCACCCUGGCCUGAUCGCGCGUGCGGUGAAGCUCAUCUUCGAUCUGAUCGAGUCGCGGAGCGACACCGUGUUCGUGGUCAAGUGCACCUUUGUCGAGCUCCACCUGGACAACUUCAACAACCUGCUCGAUCACGAGAACCAUCCCUCGUUCAAGAACAAGCAGCUCCCCAACUGGCGGCCCAAGAAGAUCGAGAUCAGGGAGGACACGCGUACCGGCGAGGUUUUUCUCGCGGGCUCGGACUCGCUCUACACCCUGGUCGAGUCCAUGCGACACGCCCGCGAGAUCAUCCAAGCAGGCCUGCACCUGGUGGACCUCGCCGGCAGCGAGCGUCUGGUGCGGUCCGUGGUCGAGGGACAGAACAAGAAGGAGGCCCAGCAGAUCAACGCCUCCCUCACCGCACUCGGUGAUGUGCUGGAGGUGUUGAGCAAGCCGGGCAAGGUGGCGAGCGCGCUGGUGCCCUACCGGAACAACAAGCUCACGCGGCUGCUCCAGGACUCGCUGGGCGGCAACUCGAAGACGUGCUUCAUCAUCAACGUCCAGACCACGGCGCCCAACUACCGCGAGACCCUCACCUCCCUCAACGUGAACAAGGACCUGUUCGGGGCGUCGGACAUCCAGAGCCUGACCAACGAAAUCAACCACCUCAAGGCGCGACUGGAGGAGCGCAACUCGGCCUACGAGGCCAUCACCGAGCAGCAGAAGUCGAUCGGCGCGGAGAACAAGGAGCUGCGCCAGCAGAUCGAGAGCCUGUCGCGCAUCAACAAGGAGGAGAAGGCCACCCUCACCGACCACAUCGGAUCCAUCAUUCACAACAAGGAGAGCCUGCUCGUGGAGCAGCAGCACGACUAUGCGGUCCUGCAAAGCAAGCUGGACAAGCGGAGGAAGCUGUCCCACGACCUCAAGGUCAAACUGGCGAUGGUGGAGGGCGAAGUGUUGGAGGUCAAGGAGAAGCUGAAGGCGGCGCAGAUGGAGGCGGCCCGCCUGACCACCGAGCGCGACCAGUCGCGCAAGCUCGCCGACAAGCUCCAGCGAAAGCUCAAAAAGACCCUGACCCUCCGCGAGGAGGACCGGAGGGCGAUGCAGCAGCGCGUACUGGACCUGGAGAAGAUCCUCGAGGAGGAGUCGGCCUACCGGCGGCAGAUGCAGCGGGAGCGCGAGGAGGGCCGCACGGCGAGCGCCCUGGCCCGGGAGUACGAGGAGAAGGUGCGGCUGCUCCUGCAGCAGCUCGAGCGGGCCAAGGAGGACGCCGGCGCCAACGAAGCCAAACUGCAGAAGGAGCUCCAGUCCCUCCGCGCCCAGCUCGAGUCGGCGCAUCAGAAGCAGAGCCAGACCGAGGAGAAGUUGCACAGAGAGAUCCGCACCCUGCGCUCACAGACGGAAUCGCAGCGGAUGUCGAUCGAGACGUUCGAGGCCACGGAGCGCGAGCGCGAGAAGGAGGUGCGGCGCCGGGCCUCCACCAAGCGCCCGCGCGCGAGCCGGCCGACUGGCGACAGCGAGGUCGAGGAGCCCGAGCAGCGCCGCCACGCCACCCACCUCUUUGAGGAGAAGCUGCCCGCCAAGAAGCCGACCACCACCACGAUGCCGUCGUCGUCAUCGUCGGCCGUGGUGACCACCGCCGCGCCGGCCAUCACCACCGCCAGCAGCAGCAGCAGCUACGCUUCGUCGACGACGUCGCUCAAGUCGAAGGGCAGCACGCUCAAGUCGCUGUUCCCGCGCACCGCGAUCCCGCUCGACGAUGACGACGAUUCGGCGACCGACACGACGAUUGAGGCCACGCCGGUGAAAAAGCAGAAGAAUGCCAAGAAUGCCAAGAAGGCGGCCCGCAAGAGCGUCAAGGGCAAGGGCAAGGCCAAGGCCAAGAAGAGGUCGAGCGAGGACAUGCUCAGCAGCGACCUGCGCGACAACGAAGAUGAGUCUGCGCAGAACGACGACAAGGAGAACGCCGUCAACCUCAAGGCCGCGUCGGCGUCGGCCUCAUCGGCGUCGGCUUCGGGCGGCAGCCAGAUCAAGAAGCGAAAGCUCUUCACGGCUACCACCGCCAACAAGGAGAGCCAGCUCAGCUCGGCCGGCACCUCACUCGCCUCCUCCACGGUGUCAAUCGGGGCGGCCAAGGGCAAGAAGGUGCCGAUCCCGGUCUCCUCCAAGAGCUCCCUCCAGCGGCUGCUCCAGUCCCAGAAGGGACAGAUGCCCAAGCUCAAGGUACACUGA